CUUCGAUAUGUGCUUGUGUAUAAUAUUAACUAAGAUGUCAAAAAUAUCAGCUUUACAUUCAUUUUUUUCAACACUUCUUCUUCUGUUAGGAUCUACUAAAGGUAAUAUUGAUGACAUAUUAAAGGAUUAUAGGACCCUGACAAAGGGAGACAUCCAUCAAGUUGUYACAAGAAGAAACGCUGAUGGACAGAUCGAUAAAGUUAUAUCAUUCAAUACUCUGGGAAGGAAUUUCCUKCUUCAUUUAUCACCAAAUAGUGGUCUUUUCUCUGAGAACUUCAAAGCUUAUGGCAUUGAUGGCACCAGACAAGAUGAUAUACAAAUAGAUAAGCUUAACUUCUACAAAGGCUAUGUUGAAGGUGAAGACCAUUCACAUGUCAGUCUGCAUCUCAAAGAUGGUAUGAUGACAGCAUCAAUAGCAACAAGUAAUGAGACAUAUGUUAUUGAGGUAAGCUAUGCUUUUAGUUAUCAACCAGAGUGGAAGAAAUAUUGCCUGGCACAUCUCUUUACGUAUCAGGAUUUUGACGAUGGUGUUAUUGGUCUUGCUUAUGUUGGAAAUCCUCGGCGGUCAGCUGUUGGUGGAAUAUGCACAGAAGACUACAGAACUGGAGGUCGUACACUGUAUUUAAAUACWGGUCUUAGCAGUAGCGUCAACUGGGGAAGAAGAGUAUUAACAGAGGAAGCUGACAUUGUUACUGCUCACGAGUUUGGGCAUAAUUUUGGAAGUGAACAUGAUCCUGAAGAUAAUGAAUGUGCACCMAGUGAGCGCAGUGGUGGAAAGUUUAUCAUGUAUCCUGCUUCAGUCAGUGGUCAAAGGUCAAAUAAUAAGCUUUUUUCACCAUGUAGCAAAAGACAAAUCAAUGCAGUCUUACAGUCCAAGGCCCAGUAUUGUUUUAUUGAACCCAGAAGUGAAAUUUGUGGCAACUAUAAGAAGGAGCCUGGGGAAGAGUGUGAUCCAGGGAGUCUGGGAACAAUUGAUACYCCAUGUUGUACUAAAGACUGCAAACUGAAGAAAGAUGCACAGUGCAGCGAUGGUUAUGACAAUCCUUGUUGYAAGAAUUGCAAAUAUGCUGCYGGUAAAGUCUGUCGUCGAAGAGAUCCAAACUUUUGCCAGGAUGAGACAAUAUGCCGACCGAAUGAUGCCAAAUGUCCUCCGGCGCCACCACUUCCUGAUAACACUGUUUGUGUUGAGAGGGGGAAGUGUCGGUCUGGCAAGUGUGUUGAGUUUUGUGUCUCAGAAGGCAUGGAACCAUGUUUAUGUCAAGAAUCAGAUAAUGCUUGUAAGGUUUGCUGUAAAAAAAUCAAUUCUACACAAUGCCUGCCAUGGAAGAAUGCUACCAGUGGAGAAAUGUUUACAAUGGUGGACGGGCGGCCAUGUGCAUCAGGAAGUUGUAGAAAGGGAAAAUGUGAGCAAAUCACACAAGAUGCUGUAGAGAAGUUCUGGACAUUCCUGACCAACUUAGACGCCAAUGCGUUUGUGGAAUUCAUGAGGGCUAACAUUGUUGGAACUAUCAUGUUUUUCUCUCUCUGUAUUUGGAUUCCAGUCAGCUGUAUCAUUCACAGGAUUGAUAAGCGUAAUGAGAAAGCAGAAGUCCAGGAACAAGAAUGGAGAGAUCCAAAGAACACUCAGCUACUUCGCAAUGUUGAGCCUACCAGUAAAGGAGUCUACAUAUAUCGGCAAGACUCGUUCACAAGACCUAUGAAACCUAUGAAACCACUAAAACUCAAACCUGUCUACAUUCGGACACGCCAAAGACCUGGAGUUAUGGACGUAGCGACUGUAAAUGAAUCACAGAUAUAACGUUUAAAUUAAUUCUGCUGUUCAAGGUUCGCGCUACUCCUUGAAAUCCUUGAAAAGUCCUGGAAUUGAAAACUCGUUUUCAAGGGCGCUUGAAUAGCCCUUAAAAAUGGGAAAAAUCGCUAAAACUCCUUGAAUCUGAUAAAAUUAACAUUUUGCUUUUUGCUGUUUGGAUUAAAACGUGGCUGUUUUUAGAAAUCACCACUGGAAACAUUCGCAAACAUCAAGAAAUAUCUUCCAAAACAGUCCUUGAAAAUCGCAUUUUUGUGCUUGAAAAGUACUUGGAAAAUCCUGGAAUUUUGUAGUGAAAAUGUUGCGCGAACCGUAGCUGUUACAUUAUGCACAGUUGUUGAUUCACUAAAUUCACUCAUAGAUCAAACAAUAUUACAACAAACUGCCCUAUUUCAUUAUGACGUCACAGUAUGUUUAUAUCGUGAAACGAUGAAAAGAAAAAAUAACAGUGAAAAAUUGGACCCAUUUAUAUUGUCUCCUAAAGUAGAACUUCAAUGAAUGGGGUUUUUUGUAUAUAUCAUGUGUAAUUAUUAAUGAUUGUUCAUGUACAUUUUAUUUGAUAUGCAGUCACUCUGAUCCCCUCUUGCAACCAUAAUCCUUAGCGUUAAAACAAUAGAUGUUUUGAUGUUACGUCAUAAUGAGCUAGGAUAAAUAAAAAAGCGUCGUCAGUCUCUAAAAUGGAAAUAGCAUCAAAGCUAGAUCAAAGGGGGUUCUGGGUACUCAGGAUUUUAUCGAGAUAUUUUUCAUAGAAGGCAAUUUAGUUAGAAGGAAUUUUGGGAGCUCGCAGAGUUGAAUUGUAUUUGGCUUAACAUUAUUAACAUUUCUUUUGCCUUCCCAUACUCCAUUUCGGCCGUAUCUUCGAUGAUGUUGUCACUUCUGAAUCUGACAACGUUUUUUAAUUAGGUGUAUACAAAUGUCAUAGAGAUAUCAAUAGCUACUUGCAUUAAACUAGUGUUAGAUUCUCAGUCAUAAAAAAGAAAAGUAGUAGACAGCUGGUCUAGACUCCUUUGCAGGACGUUAUUAGUAUCGGUCAUAAAUUCCCUCCAAAUUUAUAACCGAUAGUAAUAACGUCUGCAAAUGAGGCUACAGCUGGUCUAGCAAAACAAAUUUCUGCAGWUGCAUUUAAAAUUGGAAAAUUWGGAAAAUCUGAAACCAAUUUGAAAUAAUCACAUCAAGUAAACUGUGAUUUUUGCUGGCUACUCYAGCUACUACUGAGAGGCCCAAGGGGCCAUUCACACAGCAACAUAAGUAGAAGCAAGAACCAACAUCAAAAGGAAAGACAAAGUAAUGUCUUCAUCGUCUCCAUAAGUCUGAUACGGUGACACAAAAAAAUCAACUGAAUAUAUUGAUGCUGUAAAAUAUCAAGUUUGCUUUUAAGUAUUUGGUGCAUAUCAGCUUUCAAAAGCUAUAGUUUAUUAAAUGUUAUAAAAGUUUUGAUAUAUAACGCGCUCUCUGAUUGGCUGACGACCGUGUCAGAGGACAGAGACACGGCUUAUCGGCAAAUUUUUCUUUUCGCUCGAAAAAUUUUAUAAAAGAAAUAUAAAACGGCCGCUUGUGUCUCUGUCCUCUGAUAUAAACACGGUGGGAGUUGAAAAACACUCGAGAAGGGCCUGCUAAAGGUAGUAGCGCGAGUACCACGAUAUAAUGCCGAGUGAUACUCUGUAUUUGAUUAAAGAACAAGUUUCUGCAUUAUUCGAGAUUUAGUGACUAUACAGUAUAGAGGCGGAUCCAGGGGAGGUGAUUUGGGCGCGGACGCACUACGCCCUUUUUUGGACGACGUUUUUUUAAACAUCAAAAAGUUGUACUUUUAUCGAGAAAACGAGUAGCAUGUCCGCCAUGCUUAACAAUCUAUUUGAGUAGUGUAGUCAAAGAUACUUUGCAAUAAAAGUCAAUUUGCUUCCCGGUCAAA